AUUGAAGACACCUUUAUGACUUAUACAGUAUAUGAUGACACCGUCACAUUGAAAUUGGUCCAGGAAGCCUGUCAAACACUAAAAGUGUCAAAAGAGGCAAUGUUGAAGCUUUUUGGAGAAUACUUUUUUAGUUUCUGUAAAAUGUCAGGAUAUGACAGAAUGCUGCGGACGCUAGGAGGAAACUUGACAGAGUUCAUUGAAAACCUUGAUGCCCUUCAUAGCUACCUUGCCUUAUCAUACCAGGAAAUGAAUGCUCCAUCCUUUCGAGUAGAACGAACAGCGGAUAUGAUGUUACUCCACUAUUACUCUGACAGGAAAGGCCUGUAUCACAUUGUUCCAGGAAUCCUUGAAGCUGUGGCCAAAGAUUUCUUUAACAGUGAAGUGACACUAGAAAUUUUUGAUCAAAAUGUAGAAGAGGAAUGCACUGGGAAGAAAGAGCACGUGGUGUUCUGUAUUUUAGAGAACAGCGGAGCAGCAAAGAACAAGGUUAAAGGAACAACAAAUUCUUCACACGGAAACAACUUUGAGAAGGAAAAAGAGGGCCCCGCAAUAGAUUAUCAGAAAGAGAGGGAAAAAUCUACAGAAAAGGAGCUCAAGCAGGAUAUUGUAAGGCAUUUCGUGAAAUUUAGAAAAGCUCACCGUUUAUGUACUUUUGAACCACUUUUUCCUGAGAGGCUUUGGGUCGAUGAAACAACAUUCUGCUGUGCAUUUCCUUUCCAUAUUGUGUUUGAUGAAACAAUGAAGAUCAAGCAGGCAGGUGUAAAAAUUCAGAAAUCCAUACCAGAAUUUCAGAUCAUCGGAUCCAGAUUAGAUGAGCAUUUUUCUAUUGUUCAUCCACAAAUUACACUCACUAUUCUCACCAUAAGGAAGUUUAUCAAUAGUCAAUUUGUUCUCAAGAUACGAAAGGAGAAGCUGCCUAAACCAUGGAAGAAACGAUCAGCACUGAAGCUCAGAGGUCAAAUGAUCUGGAUGAAGGCUUUCAAGUGCAUGAUGUACUUAUGUUCCCCAAAGUUACGGAGUUUGGAGGAACUGGAAGAACAACAGAUGCAUCUUUCGGACAUUGCGCAUCAUGACGCAACAAGGGACCUCAUCCUUUUCAACCAGCAGCGGCUGGCAGAGAUAGAACUGUCCAACCAGCUAGAAAGGAAAAAAGAAGAGCUCAGGAUGCUCUCCAAGAACCUCGAAGCAGAAAAGAAGAAAUCAGAAAUCUUAUUGUAUGCCAUGUUGCCCAAACAUGUAGCCAACCAGCUGAAAGAGGGCAAAAAGGUGGAAGCAGGAGAUUUUAGUUCCUGCACAAUACUUUUCAGUGAUGUUGUCACCUUCACAAACAUCUGUUCUGUCUGUGAACCCAUUCAAAUAGUGAACAUGCUUAAUUCAAUGUACUCCAAGUUUGAUCACCUCACUAGUGUCCACGGUGUUUAUAAAGUUGAAACAAUUGGCGAUGCCUACAUGGUUGUUGGAGGGGUCCCGGUGCCUGUCACCAACCAUGCUGAAAGGGUGGCUAACUUUGCCCUGGGCAUGAGAAUUGCUGCAAGAGAGGUUAUGAAUCCAAUUACUGAUAAACCUAUACAGAUUAGGAUUGGGAUGCAUACUGGUCCAGUGCUUGCCGGAGUAGUUGGGGAGAAAAUGCCUAGAUAUUGUUUAUUUGGUGACACUGUCAAUACAGCUUCAAGAAUGGAAAGCCAUGGUCUCCCAGAUAAAAUCCAUAUCAGCUCAACAGCAUUCAAAGCAUUACCACAUCCGUUGUUUGAGAUAGAGGAAAGGGGAGAAAUAGAAGUCAAAGGCAAAGGGAAAAUGAGAACGUAUUUUCUGAAACAAAACCUCUGCGCUACCGAGAAUAAAAUCAUAGGGUGGGCUGAUAACAGCAACAGCAAUGUUUUUCCUCUGGCACUGGAGUUUGCAGAGCAAGAACAGUAUGAUCCCCAUAUCCACAGGGAAUAUGUUCCCUGA